AUGGAAGGUGGUGGUGUUGCUCUCUACAUUCGUGACAGCUUCUCCGUUCGCAUAAUUGCCAAAUCGCAUCCUGAUGACUACAAUGCGUCAGAAUUUUUGGUGGUGGAAUUACAACAACAUGCAAAACUUCUACUUGCUGUAGUCUAUCGUCGCCCGUCUGCGUUGUCUCCACUGAAUUUUUUCCAAACCAUUGUCCCUCUUCUCCCAAAUUAUCAUGACGUGAUAAUUUGUGGAGAUUUCAACUGCAAUCUCUUAUCGCACACACUACACUACGUCAACGUGCUCCGAGAACAAAUCGAGCGUUACGCCUUAAAAGUCGUCUCCAUGCUGCCUACUUGUCAUCGAUUCCAGGAUGGUCAUGCUUCUCACACUCUUCUGGACCUCUUCUUAAUUAAAAAUGACACAGAUAUCCACUCCUUUUCAAAAACGCCGGCCCCAUUUAUUGACUGUCACGACCUUAUCGAGCUUUCUAUCUACGCCACGGUUCCCCCCUCAGCCACGAAAACCAUCUUCAUUCGCAAACUGAAAAGUGUUGACACAGUACAGCUAAAUUUACUGGUUGCCGAGGGCGUUGCCGUACAGUAUCCACCACCGCAGACUACUCUUACUGACCCAAGUCAAUUGUCCCUGGAUUCACUCGAACGCUUCCUCUCAAACGCCGUGCUGAAAGCCUUCGACAACCUUGCCCCGGUUCGCCAGACAAAACUGUCUGCCAAGGCUAAGCCGUGGGUAUCAGCUGACAUUCGCAUCCUCAUGCGUGCUCGCACGGCGGCGUACAAGCGAGCAAAAAUAACUGCGCUUCCAGGUGACAUUCGGAGGUACAAAGACCUUCGAAACCGUGUUUCAAACCAGCUUGACACUGCAAAAAAUAACCACAUCUCGGCCAAACUUGCAUCUGCCACAGAUCCCAAGACCAAAUGGAGAGAGCUUCCCUGUCUCGGUAUUGCACAAAAAUCCAUGCCGUCUCCACUAUCAUUUUUCUCACCCACAGCGUUAAACUGUCACUUCGCCAAAAUCAUUAACCAGCUUCCGCCUAUUACUCUUUCCUGCUACGACAAUCUCACAUCGAUACCACUCUCUCGCUCAUUCUCAUUUCCCCAAUUCAAUCUAAACCCGGUGUCAGUCAAGGACGUGGAGGAUGUUCUCGCGGAUGCCCACUCAAAGUCAAAAGGAGAGGACGGGAUCUCGCUGAGAAUGCUCUCGAUGGUUUCGCAAACUGUCCUUCCGUACUACACCAUGCUUUUUAAUCACUCAAUUGCCAACUCACUUUUCCCCACGCUCUGGAAGCGCACGCAAAUUGUCCCGCUCUCCAAAGUGAAGUCUCCUACCCCCCUUUCGGACACACGACCUAUUGCUAAGCUGUGUGAGCCUUCGAAGCUCUUCGAGCGCCUCGUCCAUCGUCAAUUGUCAGCCUACCUUCAGCAGCAUCACCUGCUCGACUCCCGCCAAGCCGGAUUUAGAAGGGGACAUUCUACCGAGACCGCGCUCCUUGGUCUUCUCGACGAUGUUCGGUUUGCUACCGAAAAUAGGCUUCUCACCAUCCUUGUGCUUUUUGACUUCUCAAAAGCCAUUGAUCGCAUCUGCCACUUGCGACUGAUCACUAAACUGCGCAAUAUAAACCUCUCCGACAAAGUCCUCAAAUGGUUUUUCAACUAUUUGGCGGAUCGCGUUCAGGCGGUGGUAGAUGAGGGAGGCGUUGUCUCUGAGUGGCUCCGCGCUUCCACCGGUGUCCCGCAGGGGAGUGUCCUUGGCCCUCUACUCUUUGCCAUCUACAUCAACGACCUUCCGAUGGUCUUGUCAUCUGCCAAGUAUAUCAUCUAUGCGGAUGACACGCAAAUAUAUGUGCAUUGUUCCCCGCGGGACAUUGAGCGUGGCAUCGUGGAGGCCCAGCGAGAUGCACAAGCGGUGGCUGAUUGGGCUUUGGGCAAUGGCCUUGAUCUCAACCUUGCCAAAACGAAGGCUAUGAUCUUGGGCAGCGAAUUGACUUAA